AUGAAAAUUAAUCCAAGUGAUCAAAAUCCGGUAGUACAAAAUCAAUCUUCAGAACCCGAAAAUGUCAUAAAUAAUGAAAAAGAUUUCGAAUGGGCUAUUAAUUAUCAUCGAAAAGUGUUGAAAUUCUGCGGGAUAUGGAUCUAUUCGAAUUCAAAUAGAUGGUAUCUGAAAUUGAUAACAGAUUUACAUUCGUUGUUUAUUAUCGGGGGUGUGCUUAUUUGUUUAACGACACCUGAGGCGAUGGCUUUGGUCAAAAUUUGGGGUAACUUGACACUAAUUGUUGACAAUUUGUUGUCCUCUGCGGCUCUUAUCAGCACACAGAUAAAGCUCUUUGUUUUGUGGACCAGAAGAAAAGCUAUUGCUAGAAUUAUAGAUGCUGUCAAAAGUGAUUGGCUUGAACCAAAAACCGAGGCCGAGAGAAAAAUUAUGAGAAGAUAUGCAAGAAUCGCUAGAAUAAUGAUGGUCUGCGGGUUGUCAAAUAUUGCAUACAAUCUUAUAACAUUCCACGGUAGCGUUCUAUUCGGAUUCGUAUACCGUACAGUCAAUAAUAUAACAGACAUAGAGGGAUAUUUGAUUCCAACCCAAUCAGUUUUUCCAUUUGACAUAACUAUUGGAUACAGAUGCUGGAUUAUUAGGAUAGUCCAGGCCCUCCAAUGCUUCGGGGCUGGGAUAACUUAUACUGCGAUUGAUGUUUUUUGCGGGAUGUCUGUAUUACAUAACUGCGGACAGUUGGAAAUUCUUGCCGACAAAAUAAAGGAUCUGGUUAAUCCUGACGACCCACGAGUGUUUCAAGAAUUAUUGAAGGCUAUUGUUCUGAGGCACUAUCGUAUAAUCGGCUUGAUUGAAGAAAUAAGAAAUAUAUUUAGUACAGUCCUUUUACUACUCGUUCUUUGCUUCGGAAUACUUUUUAGUGUCAUAGGAUUUCUCAUUGCGAGUUCCUUCGAGAGCGACGGAACCAAAGUACCGGUAUCUCAGAUGAAUUUUUACAUUGGCUAUAUUCUUUUUUUUGUUGGCCUCCUGUUUGUUUAUUCAUGGGUUGGGGAAAAUUUACUUUCCCACAGCGAAGAAAUACAUGUGGCGGUAUAUAGCUGUAAUUGGACGGAUCUUGAACCACACCAAAUAGCCCAAUUGAUAAUUAUACUUGUACGCGCUCAGCGACCACUAGAAAUAACCAUCGGAAAAUUUGCUCCUGCAACUCUUAACACUUUUGCACAAAUACUGAAAACUUCAGCGGGAUAUAUUUCCGUUCUUCUUGCUAGGAAUGGUUAA